AAAAAAAAUAUAUACAAAAUUAGCGGGAACUAAAGAUUCAAUGGAGUUUUAUCUCUAGAAAUUCUACAAGUUCUUUCUAGGUUAUCUUUUUUAUACUUAAACUUUAUUAAUUAUAUUAUUAUGAAGUGUACAAUACCAGAAAUAUCAUGGCAUAAUCGUGAUCCAGUAUUAAGUGUUGAUAUACAGCAAUGUAAACAAAUUAAAGAUGAUGUAAAUGGAAAAUUGUAUUGGCGUUUAGCAACUGGUGGUGCUGAUUCACAUGUUUUAAUUUGGCAUGUAACUGUAAAUGAAUUAGGUGUAGCUUCAGUUAACUGUGUUGCUGAGUUGAAUCGUCAUCAAAAAACUGUUAAUGUUGUACGUUUUUCACCUUCUGGCGAAAUUUUAGCUACUGGAGAUGAUGAGUCAGUAAUAAUUUUAUGGAAACAUAAAGAAGGUACGGAACCACCACCAUUACCAGGUGAAGAAAAUAUAAAUGAAGAACAAUGGACAUCCUGGAAAGUAUUAAGAGGACAUUUAGAAGAUGUUUAUGAUAUAAGCUGGUCACCAGACAAUAAUAUGCUUGUAUCAGGAUCUGUUGAUAAUACUGCAAUUGUUUGGGAUGUACGAAAAGGUCGUAGUAUUAGUAUAUUACAAGAUUACAAAGGAUUUGUUCAAGGAGUUUCUUGGGAUCCAUGUAAUCAAUAUAUUACAACUUUAAGUACUGACAGGCAGUGUCGUUUAAUUGAUUUGAAUACUAUGAAAACAAUACAACGUGUUAGUAAAUCAAAAAUACCAACACCACCAGGACAUUCGCUUGAAAAUAAAAUAAUACGGUUAUUUUGUGAUGAUACAUUUAAAUCAUAUUUUCGUAGAUUGACAUUUACUAUUGAUGGUUCAUUGAUAAUUGCACCAUCAGGUAUUAUUGAUUCACAAGAAUCAACGGAUUGUCUUUCUAAUGCAACAAUUAUUUUUUCACGCAACAACAUUAAAGAGCCAAUAAUGGUAUUACCAACAUUAGAUGAACCAACAAUUGCCGUAAGAUGUUGCCCAUUAUAUUUUGAGUUACGAAAUCAAGGUCCAGUCGCACUUAUAGCACUACCAUAUCGUUUAGUAUUUGCAGUAGCAACACAAAAAUCAGUUUUUAUUUAUGAUACACAACAAAUAUCACCAAUAGCUAUUAUAUCUAAUAUACAUUAUACCCGUCUUACUGAUGUUACUUGGUCAUCUGACGGUCGUUUAUUAGUAGUAUCAUCAACAGAUGGUUAUUGUUCAAUUAUACAUUUUCAAGAAGGUGAAUUGGGUAAAAUUUAUACUGUUAAUGAACCAAUAUCAAUAAAUUCAAUAAAUGCUAAUAUUAAAUCAAAUAUUGAUGAAGAAAAAAAUGAUAAAAAAAAUAUAUUAAAUAAUAAAAAAAUAGAUUUUCUACCUGAUGUAGAUAAUGAAGCAAUGGAUAUUGAUGUUAUUAAAUAUGAAUCAACUGAUAUUAAUAAUAAAAGAUGUAAUUUAAAUAUUAAAAAUGAUAAAGUUAGUUCAGUAACAACUAAUGAAAUACAAACGAUAAAUUUAGAAGAUACUGAAGACAUUAAAUUGGUGUAUAAUGAUACAAGUAAUAUUGAAACACCAAAAAAUAUAUCAGAAAAUAAUAAAACUUUACGAAUAACUCCACCAAAAUUUGAAAAAACACAAAAUUUGUCUGUUAAAACACCUAGACGAGUUAAAUUGAUAACGAUUUCAAGCCCCAAACGCACUAAAGAGCAAUGAUUAUAAAAUUAAAAAAUAAUUUAUCCAAUAAUGAAAUUUAAAAGGGAAAAAAGGAAAAGUAAUUUUUUUAUAUUUUGAAAAAAACAUCUAAUUUUUUUUUUUAUUUAUUUAAAUUAAAGAUGUUUUAUUAUAAUUCAAUAUUUUUAGCAAAAAAUAUCUUUUUAUCAACUGGAUUUGGAAUAAUCUAUAACAAAAUAAUAAGUUUGUAUUUAAAUAAUAAUAAUAAUUAAUUAUAAAUUUUUCAUUAAAAUAAAUAAAAAAUAAAAAUAAAUUGUAUUAACUUACUGUAUCUUGUCCUGGUUUCCAUCCUGCUGGACAAACUUCUCCAUGAUCAUCGGUAUACUGAAAUGCUUGUACUAAACGUAAUGUUUCAUCGACUGAUCGACCAACUGGUAAAUCAUUCAUUGUAAUUUGCCGUAAAAUUCCUUUUCCAUCAAUAAUAAAUAAAGCACUAAUAACAAUAAUUUAAAAUCAUUAAUUAAUUUUUGUUUACAUAAAUAUUAAUGAUGAUAAUAAUAAUAAAAUUAAUCUUUACCGCAGUGUAUGACCCAGAUCAUCUAGAUAAACACCAUAAUCUUUUGAUAUUUUGUGAGUUAAAUCAGAUAAUAAUGGUAUUUUAAUUUUAUCCAAACCACCUUCUUUACGUGGUGUAUUAAUCCAUGCUAAAUGAGUAAAUUGUGAGUCUACGGAUGCUGCUACGACUUGAACAUUUAAUUUUUUAAAUUCUUUAAUACGAUCGGAGAAUGCUAAAAUUUCAGUCGGACACACAAAUGUA